AUGGAGAAGGAAUAUUUACUCAAAGACCUAAGACCUAAUAUGAAGUUUAUAAAUGCAAAUGUUAUUGUUAUCGACAUUGAUAAAAUCAUACAAACCAAGGAGGGCAGCAUGGUUCGUACAGUAAAAGUAGCUGAUCAUACCGGUUGCAUAAAUAUGUCUGUUUGGAAUAUAUUUGCACGGCUUAUUUCUGUUGGUGAUAUUUUAAAAGUUUCCCGAGCGAAUACAUCUGUUCGAAACGGAUCGCUCACUCUUAAUGUAGGGCGGAAUGGGGAAGUGGUUAAGACAGGGGAAUUUACCAUGGUUUUCAGCGAUGCUAUUGAUUUUAGCGCAAAAACCGAUCAAUGGGAGAAGACUUUUACUAAAUCGAAGCUAUUUAAGAAGCCGAAAUUACCCAAAAAACGAAAAUCACACCCUCCACCUAAAGAGUUACCCGACUUGGUUGAUUGCUUAACUACCGGCGAUAACUCUGAGCCAGAUUCUGGACUUCUAUCUGAUUUGACUAAACGAAUGAUAGAAUCGAACCUUGAUCGCGACGAUGCUUUGCGAAUUAUCUUUCAACAAAUUCAACGACCGCGUGCACAAAUUCGUUUAAGCGUUAUUAAGCUUGUCAAAUAUUUGUCAUCUCAGCCGAAGCUCUCGCUGAUGGUUCGGGAAUCGAUUUUAUUGCAAUUACAGGAUAUAUUUCCUUUCUGCGUUCCUUGUUCGAGUUCUGAUAAACCUUUACCGCCGCCAGAGCAAGCUGCAAAUGAACUUCAACGAGAAAUGUUGGAUUUACUCCUUUGCUGGGAGCGUGAUGAAAGUAUUUUGAAGAGUCUCACGUCUCAAUCAAGAGGCCAGCUAACGUCUCUUCUGCGAUAUCUAAGAUCUCCUCUUAAGCAAGGUGAGGGAAACGCUCGUUUAAAAUCUGCGGCUCGUUUACUUGAGCUUUUGGAACAAGAAAAUGCCCAAAGGCGACGAAAUGCCUUAGCUGCUGAUGCUAUAAUUCGUCGAAGUGUAAUGGAGGCAAGAGAUGCAUUUCGAGAAAACCGGGAUGUAAUUGAAGAGAAUUUGAAAGCUUUUGAAGGUGUUAUGAAACUCCUUAUUCCAGAUAUAUUCGAGGUGGUUUCUGAAGAACCCUCCUCGUCUAUCAGUCCAAGUGAUUUUCGAGAACAUGGAAUGCACGAUUCGGGUGAAGUGAAUAUUUCUCUCUCUUUAAAUAUUGUCAAUUCUGGGGCGAAUGGAGAUUUUCUAAUUCCGGAGGUUCGAGUAACUUUAAAUGAGGACAAUCGAUUGCUACGGGAGACUGGUAUUGGAUGUUUAACUAUGGCUCAAGAUCAGCAUCGACCUAUUCUCGACAAGUUUCUAGAGUUGUCGAGAAUAUUUGAGUCCAACCCAGAGCUAUCUUCAAUCUUAGCUGAUGAUAGGUCUGAAGUGAAGUCCGUUCUGAACCGCCUUGAUCGAGCUUUAAGUCGAUUCUCAGCCAUCCGUUUUAUGGAAGAAGGCAAGGACGCGGACUCGUUUUCUGAUGCAGAUUCGAAUGAAGAAGAUGACUUUGUUGAAGUGCCUCCACCUCCUACUGAGAGCUUUUCUUCCACUUCUAAUCCUGAUUCUGGUGAAGUGAUGAAUGAAGAACGUGACAGACAUCUUUCCAAACCCUUGCUCCUUCUGACUGACAAGUUGCCAUGGGAAAUGGAUGGACAUCCUUCAUCUUCCAACUCGAAAUAUCUUCAACCUUCAUCAUCUGCUCGAUAUGGGAGUGCUAAUACAGAGACUUCUGUUGUUUCUAAGCAAAGACGACGUGAACCCCCUGAGGAAAGCAUAAUCCUUCCCCCCGAAGAUCCCAAGGCCUUAAUAUGGAAAGCGAAUGAAUCUCUCCACAGAUUCUGGAAGCCAUUCGAUACGUCUGAAUUUGAGGUUCCUCAGCUUGAACUUGAAGAGGACGCUAUUUCUUUUCUUCCCUCGACGUCUAAAUCCGACCCGAGGAGGGCAUUUGAAGGUGCUAAAAUACCUGCCGAACGAGAUGGUGAUGAACGUCAAUUCUCCGACAAGGCAACCGAUGAUCACCAUUCGACUCCGUCCAAGAAAUUCAAGUCUUCGUCAAGUUAG